AUGCCAGCGGCUGUGAGCGCUGCUAAUGGUAACGGCGGAACGCCAGGCAGAGUAGAGGAUGAGGAAGUGAAGCCAUAUGUAAUUGUGAGUAACCUGGGGAAGGGAAGCUUUGCGAUCGUGUACAAGGGCUAUCAUCCGGAAACGCACCGAGAAGUUGCUGUCAAGACUAUCAAGCGGAGCGGCCUGAACCGGAAGCUGCUGGACAACUUACAGAGCGAGAUAGACAUCCUCAAGUCUCUCUCACACCGGCACAUCACGAAGCUUAUUGAUAUCAUCAAUGCGGAGCAUAACAUCUAUCUGAUUAUGGAGUACUGCGCGGGGGGCGAUUUGACGAACUACAUCCGCAAGCGCGGGCGCGUGGAGGGACUGGAGUACAUCCCCGGUCCAGGUAUGCCUCCACAGUACUACCCUCACCCCCGGACAGGAGGCCUGGACGAGAUUGUCGUCCGUAGCUUCCUGAGGCAACUCGCCCGCGCGCUCAAAUUUCUCCGACAGCGGAACCUCAUCCAUCGAGACAUCAAACCACAGAACUUGCUGCUAAACCCCGCUAGUCCAGAGGAAUUGGCUAGGGGACAUCCGCUCGGCGUUCCUAUCCUUAAGAUCGCCGACUUUGGUUUCGCUCGCUCGCUUCCCAACGCGAUGAUGGCAGAGACGCUUUGUGGCUCACCAUUAUAUAUGGCCCCAGAGAUCUUGAGUUACAAGCACUACGACGCCCGGGUAGACCUAUGGUCCGUGGGCGCAGUCCUGUACGAAAUGGCCGUCGGCACUCCCCCUUUCCGCGCCAACAACCACAUUGAACUGCUGAAGAAGAUCGAGCGAUCCAAAGGGAUCAAGUUCCCCGACGAGGACCCGAGCAAGCAGUCAGACGAGCUCAAGCCCGUGCCGCCAGACGUGAAGGAGCUUAUCCGGCGCCUGCUCAAGCGCGAGCCGAUCGAGCGCUGUAGUUUCGAGGAGUUCUUUGGGAGUACGGCGCUCGCGAAGUCGAAGUUCCCGCGGCCGUCAAAGACACGCUCGUCUUCGUCGUCUGUGCCUACUAGUAGGACUCAGUCGAAUGAACCAUGGCCGAGCGAGGAGCCUGUUCAACCUGCGUCCACAGCUGAGGCUGAUCGUCAGAUUCCUGUGGAAGUGUUGGAUCCCAAGGUCGUCUUCCCUCCCAGCAAGUUCAACUUCAAGCGGAAAGAGACCAAUGAUGGUCAAAGGUGA